UACCUAAAAUAAUAAUAAAGAUACGCUUCUUAUCUGACUACAAGUAAACUACUGUUAUACAUAGAUCUCAAUUCUCAAUCUCAGCCGACACAAACUCAAACCGAAGCUUCUCAAUUUCAGCGUAUUCUCCGCCAAUCCAAUUUUUCAGAUUAACAAUGAAGAUGAGUAAAAAAUUCAAGAGUGAAGAGGAGUUGCCUGAUUGUGUUAUAUCAUAUAUCUUUUCAAAGUUAUGUUUGAAGGAUUUGGUGAAAACAAGUGUAUUGUCCAAACGAUGGCUUCAUGAAUGGAGAUCAAGAAUUGACCUCAAUUUUGAUCUCCAUAACAUGUUUGACUAUAAUACACUUCAAGAAUUACCACAAAACCUGCCAGUUCCACUUUUAAAAACGUUUCAAUCGGAAUUCGCCACAAGAAUGGAUCGAUUCAUGCUGAAACAUCGAGGUGACAUGAUCCGUUCACUUCGAGUGGAUUUUCCAUUAGGUAAUCAACAUAGUGAUGUCAUUGACAAAAUGAUUUUCAAAGGAAUUGCUAAGGGUGUGGAACGUAUUGAACUGCUCUUCUCAUAUCAAAAUAAUUCUGAUUUUGAAAUAGAGCCAUACAAAUUUGUCUUUGAACUCCUAUCUCUCGAUGAUUCUUUGACGUAUCUGCAUCUACAGAAAUGCCACUUGGUAGCACCUAUAAAUUUAUCUGGUUUCAAUAAUUUGAGAACUCUUGUGUUGCAUCUUGUUGUUGUAAAGCAGGAUUUGCUUCAGGGUAUGUUGUCCAGCUGCAUUCAUCUUGUAGACUUCACCCUUAAUGAUUGUGAGUUCAAUUCUGACUUGAAAAUAAUUAGUCCGAAGUUGUUUAAUUUAAACAUCGUUAACUGCGGGGUUGAAAUUGGGAGGGAGAAGAAUAUCGAUAUCUUUGCAUCAAAUCUGUCAUCAAUUGAAUAUUCUUGUAAUGGUCGUGAAGUACACUCAAUGAACAUUAAGGCUGAUAUGUUAUCCAAGUUUAGCUACAGAGGUAGAGAAAUUUCUCAACAUAUUGGGUUUUCUGGAUUAAAAAAUGUGACAACAAUUGUGUUCGAUGGACUUCAUGAAUGUAUAUCGGACGACAUCGUGCCUCAUUUGUUUUCUGAAUGUCUCCAACUUGAGGACGUCACCUUUAAGAAUUGUUGGAUGAUAUGUCGAAUGAAAAUUAUCAGUCCGAAGCUGCGUCGUUUGAGCAUAAUUGAUUGUUGCUAUGAUGGCAUGUCUCCUUAUAGGAUGUCUAUUGAUGCAUUAAAUCUCUCAUCCUUUGAAUAUAGUGGUUACACUAGGGUAUUCUCUGUUAAUGCUCCAAGGUUAUCAAAGGUUUUUUGGAAUGCAACUACCAGAGAAGAAACUCCAUUUGCCAUUCAUCCAUAUGAAAGCUUGCUUUAUAUUGAGAACUUAACUAUGAUCAUGAGCACUUCACAGGUAGAGAAAUUAACGGAGGUAUUGGUCGAAUUUCAAAAUCUUAAAAAUUUAGAGUUAUUUAUUGAGGGAGCAUAUGAUCAUAAUCUCGAUUACUUUUGGAUUUUAGAUAUUGCAAUGGCUUCUCAUCAUCUCGAAAAACUUUCUGUGACGAUUGAAAAUUCACAUAUGAUUGGACUUCAGAGGAAAAGAAGAGAAUAUGCAGGAUUUUUUCAUAAUGAUUUGAAAUACGUAGAAUUGCAUGGCUGUGUGUGCACAAUAAACGUAAUCGAGUUGGCUAGUCACUUGUUGAGGAACGCAUAUUCGCUUAAGAAAAUUACUUUUAGUUCUCUUGACAAAUUUUAUAUGGGUGCUGGAAGAUGGACUAAGGGGUCCAAUGUUUGUUGUUGGGGGUUUAAACGUAAUUUCAUUCAUGAGAUGCUUAAAGACGAUGUAAAUGAACAUUGUCAGCUAACAAUUGUGUAGGUUAAUUUAUUUAUAAUGAUUUUUGCAUUAUUAUUAAUUAAUAACAUUGUAUAAUUUACUUUGGUUAGGAA